ACGUCGAGUGAUUCUGGGCUAGUCAGCAGCCACAUAACGGAGCCCAGUCUUUAUCAUGGAAGAUGGUGCAAAAGAGGACCCAGCCCUCCAGAAAGAGCCUAAGUUCCUGAGUAAGGCUGGCUGGUUGAAGAAGGGCUAUGGCAGACUGCUGGCAAGCUAUAAAGACCGCUACAUCCAGGUGGAGAAGACCGAGAUUGUGGUGUAUGAAAAUGAGGACCUACAGAACUGCUUGGAGAGGCUUGACCUGGAAAACUAUGACAAAUGUCAUGAAUUAAAGAGCCCCUUCACGAAGAAGCAAAGACUUAUACUCAUACGAUCGGCAAAGUCCACAAAUAAGGUCCAUGAUGUUAAAUUCCAGGCUCAGACAGUGGAGGACAAGGAGGCUUGGAUUAAAGCCCUCAGUGAUGGCAUUAAUCGAGCAAAGAAUAAAAUUUUUGAUGAGGUGAAGAUUGAUCAAAGCAGCAACUUAGAGCACGUUACUCGAACAAGACCCAAAGGGAACCGCAACCGGCGUCCACCGACCAGGAUACACAUGAAAGAGGUAGCUGAUGUGUCAUCUGAUGGAAUCCUGCGCUUGGAUCUUGAUCUUGAAGAUGCCGUAAUGCCUAAUGGAGCACAUUAUGCCAAUGUUGAUGGCAGUGAGACCUCCAAAGAGAAACAGUUGGUGUCAAUUACCGAGGAGGAAGCUCAGCCAGAUCCAGACGUCAGUCCCCAAAAAAAGGUCAUCAAACCUCCAAUGCCGCCUAUCAAGGAGGCUAAACCCAGCACAGCACAUGAAGAUGAACCUCAAAAGAAUGAUGGUUCAGAGAAAAAGGUACCAAUGCCCCCAUCGAAAGAAGCAAAACCCUCUACUUCACCUGUUGAAGAAACUACAGAAGAGGCAAAACAUGAGAAGAUUUCUGAAACAAGUUCUGAUGCCAGUAAAAAGGCAGCUCCACCACCAAUGCCUCCCAAUAAACCCAGCUCUGUGAGUAAUGUUGAUGCUUUACAGUCCAAGCCACACUCUCACCCUCCUAUGCCUCCAUCCAAGGAGAAGAAGCCCUCCCAUUCUGGCUCUGAGACAGAGCAGCAGGUUGAAGGGAUUAGUAAUGAGGAUAAUGAGAAGGAAGAUGAAAGUAGGAAGGAGACUAUAGAAACAGCCGUGGAAACAGAUGAGGCAGUGCAGCUGAUUGCUAAAGAAACGUCACCUGAUGUGAAAGAUGAUAAACACGAGAGUCACUGCACAGAAGAAACAGUUAGCAGCAACACAAAGGUGGUAUCUGACUGUGGGGAACAAAUACCCACAGAGUCACUGAGAAAGAGUCCAAGUUCCCAUCCAAAAUUCAACAAAAAGCCUGAUGAAUGUGCCGAGCCUGACAUACAGCGGAUAGAGAGCACCUCGGCUAAGAGUAAUCCUAAAGAGGGACCCGACAAUACUGCCUCACUCAAUUCUGUCGAUUCAAAAGACGCACUGGCCGAGAGUGAAGUCCCCUCUUUGAAUGACUCAACCACUGAGAGCCUUACCCUGAGUCCACUGCUUUAUCACUUGUCCGGGGAGAAAAAAAAGCAAGAUGAGAAAUCUGUAGACAGUGGUCAGCACUCAGAUGAUGAGAGUGAAGGCUCUGGAAGUCAAGACACAUUGGUAGCUGCUACAGCUGCACUCAGGGGAAGCCAUUCUGCUUUGGAUGUGGUGGAUGCUAGUGAGGACAGCAUUCAGGUAUCUGUUAUUUUAAGACCAGCACAGGUCACAACAGUGCCUCAGGUUAGCUCUAAGAACAUAAAACCCAUCCCUCCUCUCAAGCCCUCAGCCAAGGGCAGGUCAGCCUCAAUUGGAAAUUUGCUGUCUGAAUCUGAUGUCUGUAAUCAGAUGAAAGAGUCUAGCAGAGGUGGAGCUGUGAGUGCUGGGGGUUCUAGUGAUGAUGUCAUUAAACUUGAGACUGAAGUGGCUCUAGAGAUGGAAAAGACGAGCAAGCUCUUGAGCAAAGUGUCCCAGGACCAUGGAAGUGAAGAGGAGGAUGUACCGGGGGAUUUGCUGGCUGAGGCCAUGGAGAAGCUGAAGAAGGCAGACCACGUCCUCAGGGAGGUCAAGAAACUGAAAUUUGCAACAAACGGAAGCAAAAGGAAGAGUUGGUGAACGUCACACACUGACUGAAAUUGACCAACUGAUAAACCCUUUACCUAGACAGUGAUAGUGCAGUCACAUCAUGGAAAAUGUAAAAAGACCCCUCUAAAUACAAUUUGCCUAAAAGUGAAGGGCCAGUGGUAUUCUGUAUCAUCACAGAUGGUCGUUUAUGAUGAGCUUAUUCACUCUGCAUGAUCAUGGUGUGCAGGCCUGACCUGGACACUGUACUGGAUUCAAUUCAGUUCAACUUUAUUUACAGUACUGUGCAAAGGUUUUAGGCAGGUGAGAAGAACUUUCAGCAAAGAAUGCUUUGAAAAAUGGAAGUGUUUAUCAUUUAUUUUCACCAAUCAACAAAAUGAAGUGAAGGAACAAAAGAGAAAUGUAAAUCUAGUCAGUAUUUGGUGUGACCACCCUUUGCCUUCAAAACAGCAUCAAUUCUUCUGGGUACACUUGCACAGAGUUUUUGAAGGAACUCGGCUGGUCGGUUGUUAACCACAGAUCUGUGGAUGCAGGCUUCCUCACAUCCUUCUGUCUCUUCAUGUAAUCCCAGACACACUCAAUGAUGUUGGGAUCAGGGCUCUGUGGGGGCCGGAGCAUCACUUCCAGUACUUCUUGUUCUUUACGCAGAAGAUAGUUCUUAAUGACUGUGGCUGCGUGUUUGGGGUUGUUGUCCUGCUGCAGAAUACAUUUGGGUUCAAUAAACAAGCAUUUAUAUUUCUGAAAGCGUUCUUUAUAACAGUUUUUCACACCUGCCUAACACUUUUGCACAGUACUGUAUAUAGAAAAUCACAACAACAGUCACCUCAAAGUGCUUUUAAGGUUUUUGAGCGUUAUGCUUGUGGUGUGCAACAGUAUUAAAGAGGGUUUGAAUGAAUGGCUGGAAUAGUCUGAUGGACAAAACUGUGUUAUUGUCGAUGGUUUUGCUGCACUUGGAACUUUUUGUGGAAUUAUUUCUAAUGGAUGUUUUUCUGCAGCGGAAAGUAAUGUGUUACUGUAUACUUUUUUACUACUGUGUUUUCUUUUGUAGAUACAAAAUAAUGGCCCUCAUUACUAAUAUGUGCGUGGGAACAGUCUUACCCUAUGCAACAAAUGCACUGGCUGAUUUUGUUCUUGCACGUGUUUGAUAAAUGAUUUACUUUUGGUAGUAAAUCAGACUCUAAAUCAGCACGCUCAUGCUUGCCGUGUGCAAUAUGCAUAAAACAUACAGCCACUCCUCCAUUUCCCUGUAUAAAUAAAUUAGUUUACCUGGAGGUGAAGUGGAAAAUGCAGUAAUGUCAUGAGACAGCCGCCUGCACCGCUAAGGCAGAGACACACUCACUGUGACUCAAGUAAAAAAAGUUUGAAACUGAUGUAAAAAGACCCGACAGAGUAUAAGCAGCUGGAAAGUCUGUCGGCUCCACAUGACAAAACUCACUGUAUGAACAAACAAAAAAAUUAGACUGCAAGUGAUAGAAGUCUUUUUUUAAAA